AUGAAAGACACGAGCUACGAGCCGUCUUUGUGGAACCGAAGGAUUUCGGAUAACGAAAUAAUGUACAAGGAAUGGGGCUUUCACGGGUCAUACGGUCAACAACGUGUUAACGAUUGGGAUCAAGUCAAACUGAAUCUUUCACGAUUUUCACAAUCUCUUGUUGAUGUUCGAGAGAGAGUUCCGACCGCAGCUAAAAUUGAAAGCCAAGACUGCUAUCAGAACGAGAGAAAAGCAUUGUCAAAUUGGUCCUCGACAACGGAAAUUGGGGCAAGAGAGAUGGAAAGACCCCAAUUUCAAAUUACAAUUGAACAACCAAUUCGACAUGUUACGCCUUCCAGCGCAAGCAGCGUUACAUUUCCUUUGUGGUCUAAGCCCCGCGGUCCUUACGGUAAAGGCCGUCGUUCAUCUGACGGUUUACUGGCUACAGCUAUUCCUUUCUCUGGAAGAAAAGCAAUGGUGUUUAGCACUUUAUCUGAGGAGCACAGCGCGAACGAACAUCGAUCCGCUCAAACUGUUAACAAUUGUAACAGCAGGGUCUCGACGCUCAAUUGCCGCCGAUUUUCCGAUGGUUGCUUUCGCAGUGUUCCAUCGUGCAAAGAAUUCAGAAAGGUCAGCGUGGUUUUACCACAGCCGCGGAGAAGCGUGAACGUAGAAUCGGUGGAGGAAAGUAACACUGAAGACUUUCCAGACGACAAAAAACUACAGGAUUUUGAAAGUGCUGAUGGCAGCGAAAAUGAGGAGGACGACCGUUGGAAGGAAUUAGUGGCAAAGGCACAAGGAUUUAAGAGCGGUGGCGUAAACGGCGCGGGUAAACCAAGGGGACUGCAAUUGGAAGACGUAAAAGAGAACGUUAGCCGUUCCUCAGAGAUGGAAGAAGCUUACAGCGACAUAAGCAGCGAGGCCUCUUUCUCAUCCUCCAGCAGCUCAUAUCACUCAUCGUCUGACAGUGAUAGCCAGUUUGGUAAUGCGCGAACAUUUAACCCUAUGUCCGGAGAAGUAACGAACUGCAAUUCAACUGAAGGCCACACAAGUGGGAGCUCUAAGGCUGCAGUUACAAUCCGCCGAGCUUCCAUUCAACCCAAGUUUAACGGUUUCUCAGGAAUCAAUCAUACGCGCAGAUAUUCAGUAGCAACGUUUAGCCCCACGCGUUCGUUUGACGCCACGAACACGGCAAAGCUUUCUGGCUACAGCACGCAAAGCGCGUUAGAACAAGCGCGGCAACUUCUUAGCAGGUUGCAGUCAGAGGGAAAGAACAAAAAUAAGAAAGAGAGACUAGAAGAACUAAGCACAGCACUCAAGUGGAUUCUAGAAGAGCUUAACCGCAUUGAAACUCCAGACAGGCAGCUAGUGAGUUUGUUUAUAAGUUUGCGUGCCAAAAUAGUAAACUUAAAGGCUGAUCUAAAGUCGGAAGAAUUUGAUGCGACCUGUGUCGAUCCUGCUGAAAUCGGCAGCGCCCUACCGAUGCAAAAACUCAUGACCGAAGCCAGCAUUGACAAUGCCUGUUCCAGACGGUUUAGCUGGUGCUGAAAAGAAAAUAUUUUCUGUUGCAGGUAAGUUGUUAAGAAACUUGUUUUUCUUGCACAACACUUGAUAUUGUUUCCGUUUCACGCCUAACAGUUGGGAUAACGCAACAAGGCUUGGGCCCUCAAUGCCUUUAUAGCCGAACAACUUCAAAUUGUGCUAGUGUUUACGUUACACCUCAAAAUUAAAACAAGUCUCAAUGUACACAAAGAAUAAUGAUGUUUGUUAUCAUGAAGAUUCAGUGAAGAGGGGUAUUAACAUUUUGAUUUCCUCGAAUAAAAUUAAAGUUCUUUUUUAGUCAUUGCCCAGCUGUUGGCAUUAGGGCCCGGGGGUGAAGAAAAUAAUUGCGUGGGAAAACCAUUCUUCCGCGAAAACGGUUAUAAGAGUAAUGAUCAAUUUUUUAACAGCCAAAACAACAUUCAUUGUCUUCUACUCUUAUCAGGAAUUUCCUUUGUUUUGCAAAUUACUCAAGUUCUCUUUUGAAGCCACUAGAUUCAACUCAAACAUAUUAAACUGAGUUACAUGUGAUCCAUGACGAUGGUUUUUAAAGGAAACGUAGUCUUUGUCCGUUCGAAAUGGCGAGCAAAUAGAUACUUCAAAACAUAUCAUAGCAUUCUGUGAUUUCCGAUAGCCUGUCAUGAAAUUGGUAAUUUGUUCAUCUUCGUUUUGUAAAUAAGAAGUUAAGGAAAUGUUUGAUUUUUCUCGACUUUCUUAAGUUCAACAAAUGUGUCAUAUUGCAAGGUUAAAUUAGAUCGAAAACGAAAGUGGAAAAUUCUGGAAAAAAUCUUAAGGUUUGCGUGUUUAGGCAGAAUAUUUUCAUUAUACUGAAACAAUAUAUUACUCAAGGGUCACAAGGUUAGGCUGGAGUAAUCUUAGUUCAAAAGGAACGCAGUGCAAACAUUUAAGAACAACGUCAAAUUAAUGAGACGUUUUCAAUCAUAUGAUUUGUCUUCGCCUAUCAAAGGAUCGAGACAGGACUUUCCUAUUAGCGGAGGUGGCAUACAAAACACUUUCUGACGCAAGUUAUAUUGAAUGAGCCAUUUUGGUAGUUUUUAGGAUGUUAGUUUUGAAAUAAGACCACUACCAGUCACUAUUUGGUAACCCAUAAUAUUGCUUAAGGGGCCCAACGAUAAAACUCAUCCAAAGAAAUGAAGGUAUUACCCAAAAUUCUGCCGAAGACUUCAUAGAGUUUUCAUUUUGUUGCUGGUAACACCAUAGAGGAUUUUUUACACAGGUUUUCAAAGUCAGAGAACAAAUAUUCUUUACGUAUAACUCAGUGUAGGAGUGCUUAUAUUCACUACUGUCGGAAAUGGUACUUCUAGAAGUUGAAUUUAUAAUAGUUGUACUCAUUUAACUAUUUUUAAUUGAAUGAUUUGUUUUCUGUCCAUAAAGCUGAACACACAAAAAAAUUGUAUCUAGAGUUUUUUAUUAAGUAUGCCAAACCUCCUGCGAUUUUUUUUUCGUUUGUUUUGUUUUAUUUUCUUUUGUAUUUUAUUUCUGCUAUGAGAAUCAUGUCCAGACAUGUAAUGAUUACGAAGCACAUUAAACUGCCUUAUUUCUUUUUCUUAACGUAAAUUCAACUUCUCGUUUUUUUGUAUCUUGGAACUUUUAUUUGCGUUCGCACGGAAGAGGAAAUAAUUAGCUCGUUCCGGAACUUUCAUGAUUAUGGUUCAUUCGCGUGUCACCGCGCGCGAUCACACAGCUACCGAGAUCCUAAAGUGAAAACUGACGUGCUCUUUUUAAUAUCCAACAGCUACCAAAAUAUAUUUGCGACGAAAAUGGACUUAAUACGAGUUAACACAGGCAAGAAACGUGGCAGUAAUUGGCUAGGAAUAAUUGGCUAAUCGUUAGAGCAGAGCUAAUCCUAUGUAAUUUAUUGUGUAUUUGUGAGUCGGGCAAGAAUCACGUUCUUUCAGUCGUGUGGAUAAAAUCUGAUAUAUUGGCAUUUGCGAAACAAAGUUUUGUGAGUUUAUUCAAUAUAAUCCGACUAUUGUAAUGUUGAGCGCUGAGACACAUGCUGGCAAGCACGUAUAACUUAUGGUACUGCAUGACUACUUAAAUAGUAGAGGGAAUAUGUUUUUGAUAUAUGCGCUGUGAUCUGUUGGAAAAAAGAGAGCUUCUCAGACUCUUGUCGCCUUUCAAAUAAAGGGCUUGAUGAAGAAAUAGGAAAACUAUAAUGAUUUACCGGUCGCUCAAAAGAGUUUUGAGUGACGUGAGAAGAGUCGCAAAUAUUUUAAACAAAAAACUGAAGAUGGCUCUGAAAAAAAGCAGGCUCUUCCUUUUACAGUCCUGCUCCAGCUGGUAAAACCGUGUUAGUAAAGUCUGAGUACGAGCCAAAGGCCCUAUGAUAUCAGGCUGGAGCUUGUCUUAAUUUCCAUGGCGUGGCGUGAAGCGACUAGGAAUAUUUCUACUCCAUCCCUCCCCCCCACCCUUCUGCACACGUAAGUGCCGUGAGACAUAAUGAGAGUAAAGCUAUAUCCGAACAUUAGGGUUGAUUUACAGCACCUGAUCGAGAGAAUCAAUUAGCCCGCGAUUUUUCCCUCAAGGGAAGAAAACAGAUCCGAAAGAUCGGCGAAAACCGAACCUGCCCUAAAGCUGCCUCGUCCCCUGUCGUCUCUAUUUAGGUCGCACGCUGAGAACGGAAGGCGAGAAGCGUGACAGAAGGGAGCGCGAGGGGGAUGGGAAGGAGGAAAACGUCAUCCCUCGCGAUCGCGCUCCCCUUGACCGCCCUUAUGUCCUUGUCGGAGACUGAGAGACGACUGGGGACGAGUCAGGCCUGAAAAUAUAUCCUCUAAAAAAAGAAUCUCCACGACGAAACUUUUUGAUGGCAGCGUUUACCUUCAGUCUGUUGAAGAAUUACUGGUUUAAUAGUAUUAAGAACAAAAAGGAAUGAAACUCCCCAGUACACUUAAAUGUGUUAAGGUAUUUUACAAGAUUAAAAACUCUUGAAGACUUCAAACGAAGACUUUCAAAAAAACUUACAUGUAAUGUCUUUAAUAUCUUUAGAUUAUGAAGCGUUGUGCAAGAGGGAUGAGCGUCUAUACGUGACUACUGCAAGUAGAAGUUUGUUGGUAUUCUAACAUAAAAUCAACUUUUAAAGUUAUUUGUUGUUUGAAAGACAAGCAGUGACUCUUUAUAAAAGAUAGAAACGUGAGGCACAGCCCAAGUGAUUUUAGACGUCAUUAAAAAGUCUGAACUGCUCUAUUUGACCAUAAGAAAACUGAAGUUACCUAAAGGCUACGAUUAAAAGAACUAAUUAGACAUUCAUUUUUUCUUCUUUCCGAAUGGUUAGAGGUUUUAAAAUAAGUGAAAAGGUCAUGUAUUAAGAAGUUGAUCUGUUUUCAAAUAGUCUCUUGUUAACUGUAUUUAUGGUUUAGUGAAUAAUUUUGGAAAGAGAAAAAGUAGUAGAAAUUAUAUAGUGAUUCACAAUGUAAAUAGAUAGUACGUGCUAUGAAUUUGAUUUUAUAUAUUAAUUCAGUUGUUUUGUAGGAUAGAAUCCGACAGCCGUGCUUUUUUAUUGUCACAAUCGUACAAAUGACGGACAAACCGGAAAUCAACCGUUAUUUUAUCAAUCUCAUAAUUGUUAUUGGUGUACACUUAAGCCGGAUCGAACUACAUAUGUACCGUUUGACUUUCUCCUUUUCUUUACCUUCAAGCGUCUUAGAGAAAAGGAUGUGGGAUGA